UGUGUGCUGUGAGCUGGCUGGGAGCUGAUAUUUGUGCUGUAUGUAUGAAAACGCCGGCAGUAUCUCCGUGCCUGAUCGGGGGCGCAGGCUCCUUCUCUCUGCCACUCGACAUGUUGACGUGCGGCCGGCCUCCAUCAAACAGGAGCUGACAGAAGCAGGGACUGCUGGGUGUUUUGUAUUUCUUUAUUCCUUCGAUCUAUCGAUUUACAUGAAGCUGGAGUAGAAGAAGAAAAGGAGCUCUCUGCAAAGACAGAAAAAAGUGACACUUCGGGGGAUUUCUCAGUCAGUGCCAGACGACCUCACCCCUGAGGAGCAGCAGGAGCUGGAGAAUAUCCGGCGACGCAAACAGGAGCUGCUGGAGGACAUUCAGCGGCUGAAGGAUGAGAUAGCAGAAGUGACAAGUGAGAUCGAGAACCUGGGUUCCACUGAGGAGAGGAAAAAUAUGCAGAGGAACAAACAGGUGGCGAUGGGCCGUAAGAAAUUCAACAUGGACCCCAAAAAGGGGAUCCAGUUCCUGAUUGAGAACGACUUGCUGAAGAAUACCAGCGAUGACAUCGCUCAAUUCCUCUACAAGGGAGAAGGCCUGAACAAAACAGCUAUUGGCGACUACCUCGGAGAGAGAGAUGACUUCAAUAUCCAAGUCCUCCAUGCCUUUGUGGAGCUUCAUGAGUUCACAGACCUCAACCUGGUUCAGGCCCUAAGACAGUUCCUGUGGAGUUUUCGACUGCCGGGAGAGGCUCAGAAGAUCGACCGCAUGAUGGAGGCCUUCGCUCAGCGCUACUGCCAGUGCAACUCUGGCGUUUUCCAGUCCACAGACACCUGUUACAUCCUGUCGUUUGCCAUCAUCAUGCUCAACACCAGCCUCCACAACCCCAACGUGAAGGACAAGCCAACUGUGGAGAGAUUCAUCUCCAUGAACAGAGGAAUCAACGAUGGAGGGGACUUGCCUGAAGACCUGCUCAGGAACCUGUACGAUAGCAUCAAGAACGAGCCUUUCAAAAUCCCAGAGGAUGACGGCAAUGACCUCACACACACUUUCUUCAACCCAGACAGAGAGGGCUGGCUGCUGAAACUGGGAGGGGGACGAGUAAAAACCUGGAAGAGAAGGUGGUUCAUCCUCACCGACAACUGUCUGUACUACUUUGAGUACACCACAGACAAAGAGCCCAGAGGAAUCAUCCCCCUGGAGAACCUGAGCAUCCAGGAGGUGGAGGAUAAGAAGCCAAACUGCUUUGAGCUUUACAUCCCGGACAACAAGGACCAGGUGAUAAAAGCAUGCAAAACCGAGGCCGACGGACGCGUCGUGGAGGGCAACCAUACCUUCUACCGUAUUUCUGCCCCCACUGCUGAGGAAAAAGAUGCAUGGAUGAACAGCAUCAAAGCCGCAAUCAGCAGGGAUCCCUUCUACGAGAUGUUGGCGGCCAGGAAAAAAAAGGUGUCGUCCAUGAAGAGGCACUAGAUCCACUCAACGCUCCCAACUUUGCACUUGACAGAGCAGGGGGUCCGGGUAUCCACACGCCCUGCCUGGGCCGGUGCAGAGGCCACGGUUAAGCACCGCCUCAGACCCUUUCCAGGGGGACAUCUCUAGGACACAUACUCUGGCUCUGGGACUCUACUGGCCAGAAAAAAAAACAGGAAGCAUGCCGGGGUUUUCUAAAUAAGAGUCAAGGCCAAAGCUUCCUCUAACCUCUCGUCUGAAUGUCUCUCUUUUCUCUCUGUCUCAGCUUUGUGUGCGCUCUCUGUCUCAGAAGCAGAAAGGGAAUCUUGCUGCAGCGAAAUCAAACAGUUCCCGCAUACAACGCGUAAUGUGCACAACAUGCAUACUCUCACCCGUAGCACACAUCGUUUUAACUCAGCAGGUCUGAUCGCGUGUGGCGCCCCAACCAAAAUAUUUCUCGCUUUAUGGAAGAAAAGUUCGGACCUUUUCGGACGUGCUUUAAUAUGUUUGGGUGAUACUUGUCUAUUUUUACAGCUUUUACUGUCGAUUCCAUUUAUUGGUUUUGUUUACUUUUGUAAAAUAAAAUGGUCUUGCAAGAGAAACUGCAGGGGGGUGGGAUGAGGGGAGGGUUUAAUUUGCCAACUGUUAGUGAUUUUAUAUUAAAAAGAAAAGAAAAGAAAAACUUGUCUGUUUAAAAAAAAAAAAAGAAAAAAAAAAAGUUGCCACUCAGGAGAUUGUUAUGAUGUUCUGGAACUCUCCAUGUCGCCGCUGACGUGGAUCCUGACAGCCAUGAAAAACCUCGCCCGUGUCCCAGACUGAACUGUUUUUCAGUUUUUUGUAAAUGUGAAGCAUACCGCUGCAGGUGUGGGUGUCUGCUUGUCUGGGCAGGAUCUCAGCGUCAGAUCUGUUCAUUUCCUGAAGGUCUCGGAGAUGCAUAUCCGCGGAUUAGUGUCUUUUUAAAGGGACGAGUGUCCAUCACCCUGGGCCUCUUCUUGAGGUCUUAGGUUGUCUGGAAAGCAGAAAUAUGUCGGCCCCUUUUUUGUUUCUGCUGCCCUACAUUUGUUCAUGCUUUCACCUUGUCUCAAAACACAAGAACACCUUCUAUUACUGUAUCAAUGUAUUUUUUAGAAAAGUUACUUUCCUGCUGCACGGUGCCUGGAGCUCUAGAUGAAAUAUGAUGAGAAAUGCUGCUGGUUAGCGACAGUAAUUCACUUUUCUUUUCCCACUUGAACAUUUAAUCUUUUUUUCUGUUGCCUUUUCCGAGCUACAAAUGACUCUCCUGGCAUUUUAGCCAAUCUCACGAUCAUUGUACAAUACUGUGUGCUUCAGGUUGUUUUAUGUAUAAGAUGAUAUAUAUGACAUUAUUGUUGCAGAAGCUUUAAAGCAGCAUCAACAUGCAGUGAAGCUAGAUGCCUGGAAAGGAAUGGGUUGUCCCCGUCUCAGGAAGCGCGACGUGAAACAAUACAAAACUACUGCUUAUAUCAGGAACUGUGGUGAACCAAAAAGAUAGAGGACAGAUGAUUUGAUGGCCGUUCUAAGGCAGCAGCAUGUCAUCUUGUCCAAUCACAAAAACUGUAUCGAGGUACAAUUUUGCAAGUGCAGUGUGAGUUUUGUAUCGAGAAGUUGCCCCCCCCCGCUGAUCAUGUUCCUCGCUCCCUGCUUCUUCUGUUUCCUGGUUCCCUUCCUUUCUCUUCUCCUCUCAGCGCACUAAACCUAGAGAAAUAAGGAAAAUGCUAAGCAAUCAUAAUUCUAGACAGUAUUGGUUUAUUUAUCAAAGUUGUACAUACUUAAAUGUAUAGUGGGUAUUUUGUCUUAAUUUUGUUUCUUAUUAGUUUGUUGAUCUAUUCAGUAAUGUUUGAUUUGAGGUUUCCAUCAUCGACAUUUAAUCAAGCUGAAAUAAAGAUUUGUCACAAACAGUG